AUGGCCCGCACCAAGCAAACCGCUCGCAAGUCUACCGGUGGCAAGGCACCUCGUAAACAACUCGCUGCCAAGUCCGCAGCCCGCAAGACUGCCCAGGCCACAGGCGGUGUGAAGAAGCCUCAUCGCUUCCGCCCCGGCACCGUCGCCCUCCGCGAAAUCCGUCGCUACCAGAAAUCGACCGAGCUCCUCAUUCGCAAGCUCCCCUUCCAACGUCUUGUCCGCGAAAUCGCGCAGGACUUCAAGACGGACCUCCGCUUCCAGUCAUCUGCCGUCAUGGCUCUCCAGGAGGCCUCCGAAGCAUACCUCGUCUCACUCUUUGAGGACACCAACCUCGCUGCCAUCCACGCCAAGCGCGUCACCAUCCAGCCAAAAGACCUCGCACUGGCCCGCCGCCUGCGCGGUGAGCGGACAUGA